GUGCUAGGCACAAGCCAUAAAUCAGUUGAAAUGAUUCUUCAGUUGGUUGUGUGUCUGUUGGCGCAGCUGAGUCUGGGCUUUGGCCAGGAUCGGGGCUCUCUGCGCAUAAUGAAUGGAACCAUAGCGAGGGAUAAGCAAUUCCCCUACCAGGUGGGUUUGCUUUGCUACUUUGCUGACUCGCCGAAUGAACCGAAUCUGUGUGGCGGCACAAUUAUCAGCAAACGUUGGAUCCUCACAGCAGCCCAUUGCCUGCAGGACCCAAGCUCUGAACUCCAGAAAGUAAUUGUCUACGUGGGAAGUCUAUCAGUCCACGAGAGUGCAGCAUAUGUGGUCAGGAAGAGCGCCACCAUCGUCCAUAAGCAGUUCAACCGCAAAAUUGUAGCCAAUGACAUUGCAUUGAUUAAGCUGCCAAGGGAUCUAACGUUUAAUGCUCGCAUACAGCCGGCAAGAUUGGCCAACCCAAAGGAUAGCUAUGUGGGCAGGACGGCCAUUAUAUCCGGCUGGGGUCUGACCACCAAGCAGGAGGCCAGCAGAGUGCUCCAGUACAUCAGAGCUCCGAUCUUGAGCAACAAGGAAUGCGAGAAGCAAUGGAACAAGCAGCUCAAAGGGAAGAGCAGGAAGCUCGUGCUGGACUCCUUCAUAUGCAUUGAUUCCCGGGCGGGUCUGCCGUGUCGCGGCGACUCUGGCGGUCCGCUGGUGCUCGAUGAUGGCUCUAAGACGCUGGUGGGGAUUGUCUCGCACGGCUAUGAUGACAAGUGUCUGGUGACACUGCCAGAUAUCCUGACGCGUGUCUCUUCGUUUCUGAGCUGGAUUACAGAGCAAACUGGUGGCUUGGGGCAAUAAAAAACGAAUCUCUUUUCAAA